AAAAGAAAAAGAUCCAUCAAAGUGGUUCCCCGUGAAGCAAUCACCGAAAUGAUUCGCGACCCUUGUCAUGCCCCUUUCCCCGCCAUGCGACACAACGCGCCACCGUCGGCAUCGCCCUUCAACUUCGCCAGAGUCUUCGACGACGUGCCGAACCCUCAGCAGAUGCUCCAGCAAGCGACGCUAUCCGCCAAGACGGUGGCCACGUCGUGCCUCAACAGCACCUCCGACGAGGCCGACGACUGCCAGCUCCGGCUCAUUGACGAGCGGCGGAGGCGGCGGAUGAUAUCGAACCGGGAGUCGGCACGGCGGUCGCGCAUGCGGAAGCAGAGGCACCUGGACGAGCUGUGGUCGCAGGUGCUGAGGCUCCAGGGGGAGAACCAGAGCCUGGUCGAGCGGCUGAGCGAGGCCACGGAGCGCCACGAGAGGGCCGUCCGGGAGAUCGCGAGGCUCCGGGAGGAGGUGUCGGAUCUGCGGCAGCUGCUGAGGGACGUGAGGUUCGACAGCCCUUACGACGACGCAAGUGGCGGCAUUAGAGAUCUGGAAGAGGUCGCGUGCGAUAGCGAGAGUUAGUCCUGCGAUCAUGUGCAAGGGAUG